AUGGCGGCGCCGCUCAAGAUCUCCCGCUCGGCGCUCCAGGCGGCGGCCAAGGCCGCGGGGUUCCAAGACCUCCGCAAGGUCUCCCUUUCGCAGUUCCGCGCCCUGUGCGCCGCAGCCGGCGCCAACGGCGAGGUCAUCCCGGCCAGCACCGGCUCCUCCGUCGGCGCGCCUGGCGCCGCGGUGGGCGCAGCCGGUCACGGAACCAAGGGUGGCACCGGAGCUGGGCUCGCCACGGCUGACCGCGGGGCCAACGGCGGCCACCGGAUCGGCGCGCCGGCCGUGUCUCUGUACGGCGCGAAGCUUAAGGGCGCCCAGGGCGCGGCUGCCGCGGGGCUCGGCAUCGGCGCUCCCGGCGCGGCUGGCCUCACCGGCGGCAUGAGCGUCGGAGCUCCGGCCGCCGGCGGGCAUGGACGCGGCGGCGCCGCAAGUGCCACGUUCGGCAUCAGGGCCGGCCUCUCCACCUCCACCAAGGCCGCUGCCCCCGGCUGCGUCGAGUGCGCCGCUGAGUGCGCCAAGAUCAAGGCCAUUUGCAUCGAAAUGGAGGAGUCGUUCCACAGGCGAACGGCACACGUUACCCAAAUGCACUACAGGCUCUCCAACGAGGUGGCGACGAUGAAGAGGGAAGCGGCGGAUUACAGGAUCUGGUUAGUGAGAACGCUCAUCGGGGUCAUGGUGACGGGAACUGGAGCCCUGCUGUUGUUGGCCCUUUUCUUCUCGCCCUACGUGCAACAUGCUUGGCAGUCGGAGACCAUCGCCGAGGUGGAUCGCCGAGCUGCAGCGCGCAGACUUGAGGCGGAGCAAAGUGCCGCCAACCAGGGCGAGAAGAAGGCCUAGGGCUAAGGCCAUGGCGGCAAGUGUCGGACCCCCUCCCUUCCCCUGCCCCAAGCUCGAUCGUGAAACAGCAGUCCCAAGCCUGAUGAUGACUUAAUGAAGU